GGGAGGACAGAGGCCUAGAAGCGGCGUAGCUGUCAUUCGAUGUGGAGGGGUUGAGACAGCGAGGACCCUGUCUCUCCCCCCGUUUCUCUCUCUGUCUUCCUUAUUUGUAAGCCACGGUUUCUCUCAAAUCCUAAUUCCCUCUCUCUUCGACCUCGAACCGUACCCCAAAUCUCAAUUUGCUCUCUCUAAAUCAAAAUCCACGCCACAAAUCCAUGUUUUCCGAAACCCACAUCCCAUAUCCUUUUGCUUCUAUCCUCUGAAACAAAACAUAGUUUCUUCGCUAUGUUUUCCUAUCCUGAAUUUGUAUGAUCAAUCGAAAAGCUAUUGUUCAAUGGAAAUCUGCUGGUUUCUCGAUGGGCUCGUGCGGUGAAUAAGGCGGUCGAUAGAUUGAGAGGUUUGAUUGAGUUUGGAGGAGCUAUCGAGCCUUGAUCAUGGCUGCGAGAUUUGGAGACACGGCUUAUACAAAGGUUUUUGUGGGCGGAUUGGCUUGGGAGACACAGGCUGAAACCAUGAGAGAGUAUUUCGAUCAAUUCGGAGACAUUCUUGAGGCUGUGGUGAUCACAGAUAAAAGCAGUGGAAGAUCAAAAGGCUACGGAUUUGUGACCUUCAGCGAACCCGAAGCGGCACGGCUUGCGUGCGAGGACCCUAACCCGGUUAUCGACGGGCGUAGGACAAACUGUAACAUCGCCUCUUUUGGGAGGCCUGCCCAACCUCCUCUCACUACUGGGAGGGGUCGUGCAGAGACGUCGUACCGUGGGCCACCCUCCUACACAGCAGGCCCCACCACAUCCACUCCCUACACCUAUCAACAAGGCUUUAUUUAUCCUCCUUAUGGGUAUGCAGCGUACAAUUCAGAUUACAUGUAUCAUCAGAACGUCUACAAUCCGUACCUUUCCCCACGAUUCCCUCAGAUGUAUGGAGGAUCGACCACUACAAAUCCUACGUAUCCCUAUGGCUACUAUAUGCAUCCUGGUGCCAGCUUUUCGGGUUAUGAGAGAUAUGUUGCCCAUGGUCCUCGUCAGAUCCAACAGUACCCCAUUAGACCAACACAAGUGACAAGUGAUUCAGUUUCCUCAGAAGGUUCAUUGCAUGUGCUUCAAUCACGGCCUGCCCAAUUCUCAACUACCCGUAGAGCCGAAGAAAGCCUGGAUGCAGUGCCAAACUCUGAAAGCAGAAACUGAAGUUCUAUGCGACAGGGGUGACCAUGUAUAGCAAUUCUUUUCAACAUAUCUGCCUUGAGUUUGGCAACACAUUUGUUCUUCCAUAGAUUCUUCCCAUGCCAAUUGAACCUUUGACUUUAUCUUGGACACCAUUCUUGUGAAGCUGCACAUCAAGCCUAGCUGGGACAUGAAACCUCUUGAAUCUGAAGACUGCAGCUUUGGCAUGUAACUUCUAGUUCAUUCUUUUGAUAUUUGAACGUCGAAGUGUCUCACACGACUAGAGAAGAGUGUACAUUUUCCAUGGCAUUUUUUUUGUUUUUUCUCCAUUUUCACAAUAUUUUGAGGUAAUGAACAAAUAACACUAUGUUUUUCUCAUGCUAGAUGGAUAAUUGAUCCUUGAAUGUUGAAGUGAGGGCAA